CGCCGUGGCGUCAUCGAUCUCAUCACUGAACUCGUCGCCGUUUCAUCUUGGAUCUCAUCUCCAAUCUCCUCUCCGAUAUUAUCUUCAUCGUCGAGCUACUCUCGUUGCUUUUUCCACCGAGGGCGAGCACUGAAUCACAAUGGUCUUGCUGCAUUUACUACGAGCUGGAUAUUAUUUGCAUAAAGAGAAAACGAAGCAAUCCAAUGGAAAUCAGUUGGAUUCUAUUCCAGAGUGUAGAAUAAGGACUAUCUACUUUGAAACUCCCUGUGCAUUUCCUAAAAUCAAUUCAUUCACUUAUGAAACAGCCUCUAAUUAUGACUUGCAAUUGGAAAUUAUUAGCCUUGAUUUCAAGUCUGGGUUAGAGACUCUAAUGAAGGAAAAACCUAUCAAAGCUAUUUUUCUUGGUACACUAAUUGGCGACCCUAAUGCGGUUGGCCAAGAGCAGUUCUCUCCUAGCUCACCAGGAUGGGCCCCUUUCAUGAGGGUGAAUCCUAUCUUGGAUUGGUCAUACAGGGAUGUGUGGGCUUUCUUAUUGACCUGCAAGGUUCAGUACUGCAGCUUAUAUGACAAGGGGUAAUACGUUGAAAUACUAUUGCUUCUUAGAUUCCAUUUUUGACUUUAUCUAUCUGCUCUAUAUCACCCCUCAUGUACUUUUCUCAUUUAUAGCAAAAGAAAAGAUGAUAUCAUUUUAUAAUUGUUAUGAUCUGUGAAGCACUAAUAUGGAUAAUAGAACAAAAUUUGUCACCACAAAGUUACACAAAUAUGAAAGAUAUCAAAGCUUUCUAAUUUAGAACACAAAUAAUUAAAUAAAGUAUGGACACCCAAAAAGC